AAUUUAUAGAAAUAGAAAUAGAAUAGAUAAUUCUCUUCUCUCUCAUCUUGGAUAAAUAUUGAUGAAAUAAAAAAAAAUUCUAAAUAGAAAAUCUUUGUUAAUCAUUAAAAUCAAAUAAUGAAAAUUCUUAUAAAUAAUUAUUUUAAUUAAAGAUUGAUCAUUUUUAAAAAAAAAGUUUAUAUAUAUAUAUACAAAAUCUAUUGAAAAAUCAAUGAUCGAUUGUUUUUGAAAUCGAAUGAAAAUAAAUUUAAUAAAUUAUAAUAAAAUAUUUAAAUAUUGAUUGAAAUUAUUUGAAUAUAUAAUAUUAUUAUUUAUUUAUUGUUUUUAAUAAAGAAAUGAUGAUGUACCUGAUUGUUACAAUCGAGUUCGUUAUAUUCGAGAUGCUUGUAAAGUAUUAUCUGAUCUUUGGAAAACCGAUAAAGAUUUUUUAAAUAAGAGUAUUGAUAAUGAUGUUGCACGUUCUUAUCGUUUACCAUAUGGAACAAGUGGAGCUUCAUCGUCAACUAUUCGUCAAACAAUGACUGAAUUUCGAGAUAAUUAUGAAAAAGCUCAACAAAAAUUAGAAGCAGCUGAUGCCAAUUGGAAAAAAUUUCAAACACGAUCUGAUCGUUUAACAUUACCAAAUUUUGAUGAACGUUUACGUGAAUUAGAAGAUAUUCGUUGUGAAUGUGAACAAGCUCGAACAUUAUCACGUGAUAUAUAUGCAGCUGAAACAUAUAAAGUUGCUAGUGAAGAACAUUCAAUAACAAUUAAACUUUUUUAUCAAUAUUUAUAUGAAGAAAAUACAUUUUAUAAUCAUGUAUCGAAAUAUUUAUCAUCACGAAUGCCUGAAAUUGAACAAAGAUUAGAAAAUGAUGAAUUAAUUCCAUCAUUUGGUUAUGAUCUUGCUAAACAUUGUUUAAAACGAAAUGAUACACUUAUUGCUUAUCCUAUUGAAAUAUGUAUUAGACUUUUAGAAAAUAGUUUAAAUGAACAAGGUCUUUUUCGUAUUGCACCAUCACAAGGAAAACAAAAAAAAUUAGUUGCUGAACUUAAUUUACAUGCUAUUGAUAGAGGAAGAACACUUUAUGAUCUUUUAAAAGAGAACUUCCUGAUUGUUUACUUACAAAUGCACUUUUAUCACAAUGGAAUGAUGUUAUUUCAAUCAGGUUUUUAUCUUUUUUCUUUUAAGAGAAAAAUGACAAGAUACAUUUUAAUUUAUAUUGAGAAAAAUAAAAGAUAUAUUGAUUUAGUUUUUUUUUUGAAUAUGAUUGAUAUUAAUCAAUCUUUCCCAACAAAAAUUUCGUUUAAUUCAUAUAUUAUUUUUAAAAAUAAGUAAAGAAACAUUUGAAAAUUGAAAUAGUUAAGAUUAUAUUGAAAUCAAUUUAAAUCAGAGAUGGGCAAGCUCCAGAGCACUUUUCGGUCGGAGCGCUAAUGUAUGUAACUGAA